GUCCAUCAGUCUUCUCAAAAGGUCGGUCCGUCUCAGGCUUCGCUUUCUAUCUGAUCAUGUCUCACUCAGGUGCUCAGGGCAGCAUUGGCAGCCACUCUGCCAUUGGACUACGCAACAACAAGAUAUACCUCUACGAGUAUGAAAACUUCCAAGGCCGUAGGAUGGACCUGUUCGGAGAGUGCCGUAACCUGUGUGAGAAGGGUUUUGACAGGAUCGGCUCCAUCAGGGUAGAAUGUGGACCAUGGGUGGGCUACGAGCAGCAAGACAUGAUGGGUGAGAUGUUCAUGCUGGAGAAGGGAGAGUACCCCCGCUGGGAUACCUGGUCCAACAGCUACAGGUGUGAUCGCAUGAUGUCGGUCCGACCUGUUCGAAUGGACCCCCAAGACCACAAGAUUUGUCUGUUUGAAUGUACAAACUUUGAGGGUCGUAAGAUGGAAGUGUGCGAUGAGGAUAUUCCGAGCUUGUGGUCUUACGGCUUCCAGGACCGUGUCGGYAGCAUUCAGGUCACCGGCGGAAC